AUGGGUAAGGCUGUGGGAGUCAACCUUAAGGAAAAUUCCGGAGUCAGAGCCCCUACGCUACAGCUACAUUCUGGCAAUUCCUGCGACGACAGUGGUGCCAAGUGUAUCGGCGCCUGCCCUUUCCUUCCCUUGGAUCACAUCAGUGGCAUGGAGAGGGUGGAUCUGCUGCAUGGGCAACUGCCGGUUCUCCAUAAUUACUUCCCAGUCGUCUUACCUUACCGUCGGACCGCUGCUUCCUCUUCAGGACUCAGAACCUUCAGAGAAGUGAAUGAACGGGAUGUGAAUGAACUGGAGAUGAAUGAACGGGAGAUGAAUGAACUGGAGGUGAAUGAACUGGAGGUGAAUGAACGGGAGGUGAAUGAACUGGAGGUGAAUGAACGGGAGGUGAAUGAACAGGAGAUGAAUGAACUAGAGGUGAAUGAACUGGAGGUGAAUGAACUGGAGGUGAAUGAACGGGAGGUGAAUGAACGGGAGGUGAAUGAACGGGAGGUGAAUGAACGGGAGGUGAAUGAAAGGGAGAUGAAUGAACGGGAGAUGAAUGAACGGGAAAGAAUUCUCGAAAGUGGCAGUAGUUUUUGUCACAACUUUAGCCCACCUCGGUCCUCAGAGUCCACCUCGGUCCUCAGAGUCCACCUCGGUCCUCAGAGUCCACCUCGGUCCUCAGAGCCCACCUCGGUCCUCAGAGCCCACCUCCGUCCUCAGAGCCCACCUCCGUCCUCAGAGUCCACCUCCGUCCUCAGAGCCCACCUCCGUCCUCAGAGCCCACCUCGGUCCUCAGAGUCCACCUCGGUCCUCAGAGCCCACCUCGGUCCUCAGAGCCCACCUCGGUCCUCAGAGCCCACCUCGGUCCUCAGAGCCCACCUCGGUCCUCAGAGCCCACCUCGGUCCUCAGAGCCCACCUCGGUCCUAAGAGCCCACCUCGGUCCUCAGAGCCCACCUCGGUCCUCAGAGCCCACCUCGGUCCUCAGAGCCCACCUCGGUCCUCAGAGCCCACCUCGGUCCUCAGAGCCCACCUCGGUCCUCAGAGCCCACCUCGGUCCUCAGAGCCCACCUCGGUCCUCAGAGCCCACCUCGGUCCUCAGAGCCCACCUCGGUCCUCAGAGCCCACCUCUGUCCUCAGAGCCCACCUCGGUCCUCAGAGCCCACCUCGGUCCUCAGAGCCCACCUCGGUCCUCAGAGCACCUCACGGUUCCACCAAAUUCCUCACGACACUCUCCAACCAAGUUAGCAAAGAGAGCGCAAGUAACACAGGACCAAGAGCACUGGGCAGCUUCGUCCUCACAUGACGGCUGCUCCCACCAGUGUAAGAUAUGGGCAUUAUUAGUCAAGCGUCAUAAGUGGUAUUCUUGGACAAAUACCAUAAAUGAUGACAAUGUGCGGAUAACGAGUGCAAGGUGUGGUCAGGCGGUUCAGUAA